GCCGGCAGCUCCCAGGGGUCCUGAAGCGUCCGUUACUCCCCGCAGAGCCCGGGCUCCGCACGCGGCUGCCGGCCGGGGCUUUGCGGCUCCCCGAGGCGGGGGCGGACCCGCGGGGGGGCGCUGCAGGGAGCCGGUGUCCGGGCCUUGCCCCCCAGCUGGGGGCGGGGCCGGGGUGUCCGUGCCCCCCCCCCCCACCGGUGUAUAUAGGCCGGGCCAAGGCAGCCGGCGACCGCUGCCGUGGGUAAAAUGGCCGCCGCUGUCGCGCGGGGCGUGUCGGUGCCGGAGCUGCCGCGGCUGCUGGCGCGGGACCCCUACCUGGCCCCCUUCGCGCCCGACUUCCAGCGCAGGUAUACCCUGUUUCAUGACCGAUUGAGGAACAUUGAAGAAAAUGAAGGCGGCCUUGAUAAAUUUUCAGAAAGUUACAAAACCUUUGGAGUCAAUCAACUUGUGGAUGGCGGACUAUAUUGCAAAGAGUGGGCUCCAGGGGCAGAAGGAGUGUUUCUUACUGGCGACUUCAAUGGCUGGAAUCCAUUUUCUCAUCCAUAUAAGAAAAUUGAUUAUGGGAAAUGGGAGUUGUUCAUCCCACCUGGACAAGAUGGAUUCUCUCCUGUGCCCCAUGGAUCAAAAUUAAAGGUGGUGAUCCGUAGUAAAAAUGGAGAGAUUCUCUACCGUAUUUCACCUUGGGCCAAAUAUGUAGCACGCGUAGAUAGAAAUGUGAAUUAUGAUUGGAUACACUGGGAACCACCACUGCCAUAUCUACGCAAACAUCCUCAACCAAAGAAACCAAAAAGCUUAAGAAUUUAUGAAUCUCACGUGGGAAUUGCUUCCCCAGAUGGGAAAGUUGCUUCUUAUAAAAACUUUACGUAUAACAUACUACCUAAAAUAAAGGAUCUUGGAUACAAUUGUGUUCAGCUGAUGGCUAUUAUGGAACAUGCUUACUAUGCCAGUUUUGGUUAUCAAAUCACAAGUUUUUUUGCAGCAUCAAGCCGUUAUGGAACCCCAGAUGAUCUGAAGGAAUUGAUUGACGUUGCCCACUCAUUGGGAAUUACUGUUCUAUUGGAUGUUGUACACAGCCAUGCAUCAAAUAACUCUGAGGAUGGUCUGAACAAAUUUGAUGGUACAGAUUCCUGCUUUUUCCAUUCCGGUCCUAGAGGAACGCAUAGUCUUUGGGACAGCAGACUUUUUGACUAUUCAAAUUGGGAAGUUCUGAGAUUCCUUCUCUCUAAUUUGAGAUGGUGGAUAGAAGAAUAUGGCUUUGAUGGCUUCCGGUUUGAUGGUGUUACAUCUAUGCUAUAUCACAAUCAUGGAAUUGGUACAGGCUUCAGUGGAGAUUACCAUGAAUAUUUUGGUCUACACGUAGAUGAAGAUGCCCUCAUUUAUCUAAUAAUGGCCAACCACAUGAUUCAUUUAUUGCAUCCAGAAUCCAUAACAGUAGCUGAGGAAGUUUCUGGGAUGCCAGCUCUUUGUUGCCCUAUUGCCCAAGGAGGAAGUGGAUUUGAUUAUCGGCUGGCCAUGGCAAUUCCAGAUAAAUGGAUACAGAUAAUUAAAGAGUUGAAAGAUGAAGAUUGGAAUAUGGGCAAUAUAGUGUACACGCUGACAAACAGGCGGUAUGAAGAGAAAUACAUUGCAUAUGCAGAGAGCCAUGAUCAGGCCCUUGUUGGUGAUAAGACGUUGGCGUUUCGGCUGAUGGAUGCAGAGAUGUAUACAAAUAUGAGUGUGCUUUCACCUCUCACUCCGGUUAUUGAUCGUGGAAUACAGCUUCAUAAAAUGAUUCGCCUCAUUACUCAUGCACUUGGAGGAGAGGGUUAUCUCAACUUCAUGGGUAAUGAAUUUGGGCAUCCAGAAUGGUUAGACUUCCCCAGAAAAGGAAACAAUGAGAGUUACCAUUAUGCCAGGAGACAGUUUCAUUUAGCCGAUGAUCACAUUCUUCGCUAUAGAUUCCUAAAUGCAUUUGACAGAGAUAUGAAUAAAUUGGAAGAAAGAUUUGGCUGGCUUGCAUCUCCCCCGGCUUUUGUGACUGAAACUCAUGAAUCAAAUAAGGUCAUCGUAUUUGAGAGGGCAAAUCUAAUUUUUAUAUUCAAUUUCCAUCCAUCUAAAAGUUAUGCUGAAUACAGAGUGGGUGCUGAAACUCAAGGAAAGUAUAAAAUUGUGCUGGAUUCUGAUGCACCAGAAUAUGGAGGACAUCAGAGACUGGACCACAAUACAGAAUACUUCACUGAACAAUAUACACAUAAUUAUCGAUCUAAUUCUCUUUUGGUGUACAUUCCAAGCAGAGUGGCUAUUGUGCUCCAGAAUAUGGAUAUCCCGAACUGAAGAUCUUCAUAACCAUCACUGGAGAAGCAAAAUGUGGAGAAGAAAUAUUGUAAAGCACUCAACAUCACACAGUUCACACUAUGAAUGCUUUUUGAAACUAAACAUAGUAAUAUUAGGUCAUUGAAAUGUAGGAUUAAUAUUUACAUAUAAUUACAGUGCUCUCAAGUUGCUAAAAUCUAAUUCAAGGCGACAAUAUAUGAAAGAAAUAAAAAGAAAAAUGCAUCUUUGCAUUUCUGAUGUUACAGCAUUACAUUUUAAAACAUUUCAGAGCAGCUGGCAUUCUCAAUUAAACUAUCAUUUCCAGUGUCUUAGCAGGAACAAUGUUGUACUGAAAGUGUUCUUGCUCUGAUUUCAGCAAUUUCUUUGAAUGCUUUUUUAUCAUUUUGAUAUUGAAUUCAAAUACUCAUUACAGAUCAUUGUCUACUGUUAGGAUAAAGAGAAACAGCAUGUUGAAGUAAAACAUAAAUAAUCUGACAGAAGGCAGCCUUCUGUGUUUGAGGGAUCCCAUUCUGCAGCAAAUUCCAAGAUAUAUCUAGGGUGUGCAGUUUUUCCAAUCAGGAAUACUGUCCUCUGCCAUUUUUAUUUAAUGAAAAUUUCACAGUAAAAUCUUAAAAGCUAGUGGAUAAACUGGGACACAUGUCCCUUGGGUUCUAGUCAUGGCUCUCUGUCACUUAUCUGUUGUGCAGUCUUGGGCAAGUCAUUUCACUCUGUGUUCCUCAGGUUCCAUAUCUGAAAAAUGGGGCUCAUGAUAAUUGCCUACCUUUUGCAAAGCAUUUUGAGGUGAGAAGUGCUCUGUGAGAGCUAAGUACUAUUACGUUUACUGAAAUGGUACAAUAAGUGAAACAAUUUUAAAAAGAACAUUUAUUCUUCUACGUACUCUCUCAUAAAUCUAAGGACUCUGUAGCCAGUGGUUUCACUGCUUCCUAAAGCUGCCAUUUAACUUGGAGCACUUGUAAUGUUGAUCUUGCAUUUUUAUAAUUUAAAAAAUAUUUUGCUUACCAGGGAAGAAACAGUAUUAGAAAUAUAGAUCUAUGUUUUUCAAACCAAGCUUUUCGAUAUGUUCAAGCUAGUAAAUGGUUUGGAGUGCUGGCUGAAAUUGUUGUCUAAGUGAAUUCUUUACAAGAAAUCUAGCAUAGUAAAGAAUAAGAUUCUGUAUAUUCAAAUUGUAUCAGCAGAGUAUUCAUUUUAACUCUGAAAAGGUCGUACAGAUUUAAAGACAAAUGCUUUAUUUUGCUACACUAAUUUAAAAACAUGUUGACCUACAUAUUUGUAUAUGCUCCAAAAUAAGGUACUGUUUUGCUUUACAAUCCAUUUUGAUUUACAGUUUUAUUUUAUAUAUGAUAUAAAAUGAUAUAUAUGAUUUUAUAAUUUAGAAAUAUUCAACAAAGAAAAUGUCCACAACAAGUUUUAUUAAUUCAGGGGUCCUCAAUGCGGUGCCCGCAGGACACCCCACCACCGAAAUGCUGCUGAGAAGUGUUGCCAUUUCUCGAUGGCAUUUCGGCAGCGAUGCUUCUUCCUGCUGCCACUUCUCUGCAGCAGCAUUUCGGCGGCGGGGUGUCCAGCGCCAGCCACAGUCUUCUGGGAAUAGCAAUAUGCUAUUAAUAUGCUAUGCCACUGUAUUAAUUCAUAGUUCUAUACAUCAGUCAUCUUCUGUCUAAGUCUUCUAAAUGGCCAAACAUUUAUGCCCACACUGACAAAAACCUUGCAUGUUUUUUAAUAUACUUAUUAGAACUUUAACUUGGAAAUAUUUCGAAAACAAAAGAAUGAGUGGGACAGCAUAAUAUAACAUGAUGGGAAACCAAAGUCUUUUGAUAGAUCUCACAUUAAAAGGGGUUCAUGAACAUCCCAACUCUUACUGUAUUCUGUGCAACAGAUAUGUGAAAGACCAAUACCAUAUGCAACUGUGCUAUGUAAUGUCACAGCUCCAUUUCCCCCCUUAAUUCAUUGUGCAUUAAUGAGCUAUAAAUGCAUUCCCAUACACUUAUGCUUAAAAAAAUACACUGAAGUGUUUUAAUAACUGGAACCAAUUAUUGUUUCCAAAGUUGUAAACUUUGUAGUGAAAUAAAAAGCAAUGUAAUUAUCUGCUAUAUUUAUGUUAAAUUGAUCUACUAAUAUAUUCUGUAGAUUUUACUGGCACAUGUUCCAGCGUUCCAAAAUGUAAUGCAAGGCAAUUGCCCUUGUCAAACUUUUGUGCAAGAGAAGCAAUAAAUGUGUGAUGUGAAGUAGAAACUGUAAAAUUACAUGCAAAUAAACUGCGAGAAAGGUAAAACAUAAA